CCUCGAUUUCUAAUAUUCCCGAUCAAUCUCAUGCCGAUUCCACUCCAAUCUUGGUUGAUUAUCAUGUUAGUCGUUCCGGUUAAUGACCCAAAACUUGGUGCCCGUUUAUUUAAUCAACCCACCAUACAAAUAAUACACAAGCUUUGCGUAAGAACACAGCCGCCUGUGAUUCUCCCUUCCAGCGAAUUCACCAUUCCACCCUCCCCUGUAACCUCACACCACGGCCAAUCAACGAGGACAAAUCCGUCAACAACCCCAAACUCUGCAACUUUCCCCACUCUGUUUAUAUUAUAAGACCUUCCCCAAGGUCGCGUACGAAGAAGGAGAAGCCAUUAACGAUUCCCAUUCCCAUUCCCCCACAGCGCAAAAUGGAAGAACAAGUAGAAACAUUAGGUAAAGCGUUCGUGGAUCACUACUACCACCUCUUCGACGCCGAUCGAUCCUCCUUGUCGUCCCUUUACCAGCCCACCUCCAUGCUCACUUUCGAAGGACAGAAGUUCGUCGGCGCCGCCGACAUCACCGCCAAGCUCAGAGGCCUGCCGUUCGACCAAUGCAAGCACGCCGUCAGCACCAUCGAUUCGCAGGCUGCCGCGGGUCACGGGUGGCAUCGUCGUGUUCGUCAGCGGCAGCCUGCAUCUGCUCGGCGAGGAGCAUCCCCUCCGGUUCAGCCAGAUGUUUCACUUGCUUCCGACGAUCCACGGGACGUUCUUCGUGUAGAACGACAUUUUCCGACUCAACUAUGGUUGAUCUUUUUUAACGUACUUGAUUCGUGCUUCGAUCUGUUUAUUCUGUGUUGUUUGUAAUGUGUAAAACACUAAAACUGGACAUUGACUCUCUGCCAAUUGGAUAUAUCGUGUUUUUCUGUUAUUUCGUAUUGAAAGGCUUGAUCUUGUGGGUAGUUGGGCUCUCGAGUACUUGGCCUAGGGGAACAAUUUUGGAUCAAGAAGAUGGUCCGGCCCAGAUGAGCACUACCCUGAUAGCAUAGAACGACAUAUAAAUUUCACCCAGACCAAUACAGUCAAAAGCGCGAUUCUACCUAGAAGCGGAAAAUGGGUAAAAUCGUAAAUCGUAGAAUCAAAGCGUAAAAACGUAAGUUUUUGACGCAUACUGUAAAAUAACGAAAAAUGUGUUAAGUACGACAUAUACUAUGUAAAAUAUGAGUGCUCAUAGUUUAGAUAAGUUAAUAAAUACCUGUAAUUCAUGUCUAAACUCAUAACAUUUUAACAAUAAGUUCAUAAACAUAUAUCUUAACCAUAAGCUACCUUCCCCUCUAAGCUAGUGAUUUUGGGAAGCACCUAGUUGGUGAAUUAGAUUACUCUGUUGAAACUAAGAAUGCACCCAAGUACUUGAUAUGUAUCUUUUAAUCUUAAAUAUAUCAUUUUUUUGUGAUUUACCUGUAAAAUAUAAGUAUUUUUGUGAAUAGAAUACUCCUUUAGUGAACUAGAAGCAUAAAAGAGUAAAGUGUUUUGGUGAACCAGAAGCGUAAAAGCGUAAGCUUUUAAGCUUUAAAGCGCAUUUCAGUCCCGAUUUUAUACACUUAAGAUUUUAUAUGGAAACGAAAGCAUUUUAGUGUUCUAGAAGCGUAAAACCGUAAGUUUUUAAGUUUUAAAGCGCGAUUUUUACUGCAUUGAUCCAAACGACAAAUUCACAAUAUGGACCUGAGAUUCUUUACUAUAUCUGUUUUAUCCUCACAAUCUUACAUAUAAUCUGACUAAAAAUAUCAUAUACAAUAUGGUAGACAGAACUUUGUUUCAUCUUCCCAUUUUUACACGAUAUGGUAGAUAGAUAAUAAUCCUAUAGUUGUGACUUGUGUACAGCCAUACAAUUACAAACUUUUAUAGACACGUGAUAUACCAAAUUCGUAUUAUUGAAAGUCAAGUGUAUGGAUCACUUCUUUACCUGUCAAGAGAAUGAUAUCUGAUAUAUUUCUGAUCUCAUUAUUUUAGAUUACCGAAAUCAACUAGUUUCUGAACUUCAUAUCAGAACUUUUGAUCGAGAGUUCCCCUGCUCGAAUCCUUACCAUCGAGGAACCCUUUAGUAUUGCCUCCUAUACAGACUCAUAAGUCGAGUUAUAUAGGGUUGAAAUGAGGUCAAAUUUAUGUACAUACAUUCCUACUGGUGUCUGUGAGCUCAGCAGCUCAACUGGCUUCUGGCAAUAGGGGAAUUCCAAAUUUUGAUAAUUGGAUUUAAAUUUAAUUAUCACAAUGACAAGUGGAUAAUUUUGAUGAAUCACCAACAACAACAAAAAGAAGACGUCACCACGAAUGGCAGAGAAACAGAAAUGAUACAGACAUUAUAGUUUGCAAAAUGGAAUGUCAAGAUUUGCAGUUGCUUAUAAUAAUAAUUAACAAAAGAAUUUAAUCAAGUGGGAAGAUUUGUAAUUACUUAAUUAAUUAAAGGGGUGAUGCUGCUGAGCUUGCCCACCAAAACCAAACGUGGGUACGAGUAACCCCACUUUUGCAUUACAUGUCAUGCUAAGCCCUAAUUACAUUACAUGUCCCCAUAACACAUAAAUUGAAUUAAGAACAAAAAGAGAGAUUUGACAGAGAUGCAAAAAUGGGGGGAAAUUCUGAGUAGCAAUAAUAGCUUUUUAAGCUCUCCAGAUUCUGAGGAUAAAACGAGAAGCACACUGCCACCUAAUUAUUAUUAUUAUGAACAAAAGGAUAUUAGAUGUGCUUUAAUUUUAAUAAUUAAGCAUAGUGAAGUGAUCUUGAUAGGGAGGAGAGCUGAGAGGUCAUGUUAGUGGUAGGGAUGUGCAACGGUCUUGUAAGGAUCACAUUAAAUCACAGAAAAUGUG